AUGGCCAGCAACUUCUCCCAGCCAGCUUUGCAGCUUUGCUAUGAGAACGUGAAUGGAUCCUGCGUGAAGACUCCCUACUCGCCUGGGCCCCGGCUCAUCCUCUAUGCAGUUUUUGGCUUUGGCACUGUGCUGUCCAUGGCUGGAAACCUCCUGGUGAUGACAUCCAUCCUCCACUUCAGGCAGCUACACUUUCCCACCUACUUCCUGGUCGCCUCCCUGGCCGCUGCUGACUUUCUGGUGGGUGUCACCGUGAUGCCCUUCAGUAUGGUCAGGUCCAUCGAGAGCUGCUGGUACUUUGGAGAUAAAUUUUGUACUUUCCACACGUGCUGUGAUGCGGCGUUUUGUUACUCCUCUCUCUUCCACCUGUGCUGCAUCUCCAUCGACAGGUACAUCGCUGUCACUGACCCUCUGGCCUAUCCCACCAAGUUCACGGGGUCUGUGUCCGGGGUGUGCAUUGCUGUGUCCUGGAUCCUGCCCCUGGUGUAUAGCAGUGCCGUGUUCUACACGGGUGUCAGUGAUGAUGGGAUGGAAGACAUAAGUGCUCUCAACUGCGUGGGUGGCUGCCAAAUCAUUAUAAAUCAAGAUUGGGUUGUGGUACAUUUUCUCUUAUUCCUCAUACUUGCCCUAGUUAUGAUAAUUCUUUACAGUAAGGUUUUCUUGGUAGCUAAACAGCAAGCUCUAAAGAUUGAAACAACCAUAGAUAGUGGCAGGGCAGAAACAUCUCUGGACAGUUACAAAGCCAGAGUGGCCAAGCGGGAAACUGCAAAAGUCCUGGGAAUCACAGUGGUGGCCUUUAUGGUGUCAUGGCUUCCCUAUGUGAUUGAUGCAAUAAUUGACACUUCUAUGGGCUUCAUCACACCUGCCUAUAUCUAUGAAAUCUGUUGCUGGAGUACCUAUUAUAACUCAGCCAUGAACCCCCUGAUUUAUGCUUUGUUUUAUCCUUGGUUUAGGAAAGCAAUAAGACUUUUCUUGAAUGGGCAUUUUUUAAGCUGCCAUACAUCAACCAUGAGUGUGUUUUCAGAGUAA